AUGUUCUCAGAAUAUGCCUCACACUUUCUCGCCCAGUCACAGUCGCGAGUAGUGUCUCGCCCGGACGAGCUCCAGAGGACUGGCCGUGCUCGACCUUACAAGAACCAAGGUGCCCCCCGAAACCCUUCGUCCCGGUCAUUUCUUAGAUCUGGGGACCCUUACAGGCCAGGUGCUUCUCAAAUAUCCAAUUUCCCAUUUGCCUCCCGAGCUUCGGAACAGGCUCCUUUGUUCCAGAGCGCCGAUGAGUUCCGGGAAGAAGACGACGAGACUGAACGUGAGCGCGAAAUAGCCGAUUUCUAUGCUUUGCAAAGAUCGCGGAGGCAUUUUGGAGAUAGCAACCUCAAAGAAUCGUCGGAGUUAGAUGAUGAUGAGUCGCAAAACUCCGGACAGCUUGGCGAGGGACAAUCACCAUAUGAUAACCGCCCCGGCAAUGGGAAGGGCAUCAAGAGUUCAUGGCGUGGGGAGAAGGCCGCAGCUCCUUCCAUCUCCCCCUCGCGAAUAGAAACGGUAAACGAAACGGCUGAGCCGGGCCAAGGCCGUGUUGCCAGUCCUGGCAGUGCGAGGGCGAGAGCCGCCCAUCUAGUGGAUGUUGGUCUGGAGGACUCGCUUCGAGGCAACUUGGAUGACUAUGAUCCAACACCAUCCGAGGUCCUUGGGGAUGAUCCUCCCAUUCAAAGAUUCAGAGAGAGAGCUUUGCUUAAAGAAGACAAUUUCGGGUUUCACACUCGUGAAGCCCCUACCGACCGGUCAAAUCUGCUUGCAGAUGAACCUCGCCCUGCCAGCUCUACUGGAUCUCGUCCACCUUCUCUUUCACCUCUAGCGGCGGAAACUUCGGUCCAUGAUGCAUUUUGGGCUCAUCUGUUUCUCAUUUCUCUUGCUGGUCUAUUCGCUACGUCUUUCCUCGUCUACCUACACACCUCAACACCAUCUGGAGAUCGUACAAAAUGGGGUGACACAAUUUACUUCACUGUUCACAACUCAUUUUUCUCUCCUGGGGAUCUAUACCGUGUCCCUGCAAUCCUAUACUCAUUUUCACUUUAUCCAUUCAUCUCAAGCUUUAAGGGUACAUGGAAUGGGUCGAGUUUCCAAGACAAGGCGAUGCGCUGGGGCUCAAUUGUCCCGUUUCUAACUGCCAGCCUGUGGAUCUAUAACGUCGUGCGUGGCCGCCGGGCCAUUGGAAAAGCAACUGGUGUGCUCGAAUUCUCGUGUCGGAUCCUCGCCGCGAACCCAGAAUUACUCGCGUUAGGGCUGGCUGUGCUCGCCUGUGUGGUGUCUUGGACGUGGAUCUGGAUGCUUAUGUUCACCCGGGUCUUUUUAGGCGGCCACUUGGCUGGACCACGGUCGUUCAUCAUCGACUUGAGUAGCUGGUGGCUUGGCGUCUAUUUUGUCAUCAUCUACCUCUGGUCGAUCGGGGUCAUUGCGGGCAUUCAGCGAGCUGUGACGGCUGCGACUGUAAGCCAGUGGUACUUCCAUCGGUCGGCAAGCCCUGCGCCCACCUCAAGACAGGUCGUUCAGGCGGCUAUUGCACAUGCAACAACGACCCUAUUCGGAACCAUCUCCUGUUUGCUUAUUCCCUUGUCCCGACACCCAUUGCCUAUCUCACAAACCCCCCUCUCGCUUACCUACGGAGCCAUCCACUCUCAACCGCUUUCUGCUUCCGCGCGUGGGUUGAGCCAUAUGACGAUCCUUGGGUCAUCUGCUACUUCUACAUCCCUGCACCCUAAUGGGUAUCCUCGUUCCCAGGGCGCAUCUGUGUCCUUGCUCUCUUAUCGACUCUCCAAGCUGAUUCUUCAUGCUGCUCGCUUCAUGAUGUCGCUUGCUCUUGGAUUUGGUGGCUGGGUCACAACCGCUCGCAGCCUUACUAUCGCUGGCACUGGAGGCACCAUUCGAGGCAGCCUUUACGCGUAUGUCGUGGGCCUGAUAGCUGGAACUAUCGGGUGGAGCAUCUUGGGUGCCAUGGAAAGUGUCAUUGCAGACAUUGUGGAUGCAUCAGUCAUCUGCUGGGCGAGCGAAGUGGGUACGCAUGGUCGAGAUGCCCAAUAUCAGUUCUGCCGAGAAGCUCAUUGGCUUUUCGGUGAUUCGUAUUCGAGCUCUCGCCCAGAGUACCAAGGGGUGUAG